GGGCGAACAAGUCAUCAGUUGCACCGAGUCUGUAUCAGCAACCCAUCGAAUCAAGCAGAAAGCAAGAUGCGUCUAACACUUCUGGCCCUCAUCGGUGUCCUGUGCCUGGCCUGUGCCUACGCCUUGGAUGACUCCGAGAACAACGAUCAGGUGGUCGGACUCCUGGACGUUGCCGAUCAGGGAGCGAACCAUGCCAACGAUGGAGCCCGAGAGGCGCGCCAGUGGGGCUACGGCGGCCGAGGAGGCGGAGGAUGGGGUGGCCGUGGAGGAUGGGGCGGUGGAGGAUGGGGCGGUCGUGGUGGCGGAUGGGGCGGCCGUGGUGGCGGAUGGGGAGGCCGUGGUGGAGGAUGGGGCGGUCGAGGAGGUGGUUGGUAUGGCCGAUAGAACCGCUGACAUCGCUGACCACGCCUCCGACCCAUCCCUCCACUUGCCAAGUCUAAAGGACCUCCUUUACUGAUGUCAUGGCGUGAAUAAAGAUCUUUGGAGCAUUUAAA